CGAACCAGUUCAAAAACAAUCAUGAUUCUCUACUCCGUAGUUUUUUGUCUUUUAUUUAUUUUUAUUCGAGUAAUUUACCUGCUGAUUGUAGCUAACAGAAGCAAUGGCAGCGCCAGCAGCAAAAAACGUACCGCAAAGGCAAAAACGAUGAUCGUGCUCGGGUCUGGAGGUCACACGGCAGAAAUGUUAGAAAUCGUUCGCGAACUCGACAUCGAAAAGUACGCGCCACGCAUCUACAUCACCGCCAAAACGGACACAAAUAGCAUUUUGCGCCUUGUCGACACGGAAAUUGCCAAAGAGCCCGAAAAGGAGAAGCACAACUUUGAAAUUGUCGCAAUUGCGAGAUCGCGCGAAGUCAAGCAAAGUUACCUGACGGCAAUUUUUUCGACUUUACAUGCGACUCUCGACUGCAUUCCGGUGCUGGUGCGCACGAGACCCGAUUUGAUUCUCACAAAUGGACCUGGAACGUGCGUUCCCGUGUGUCUUGUGGCAUUUUGGCUGAAAAUCUUCUUCUUUAACACAAAUUGCCGGAUUGUCUACGUCGAAAGUUAUUGUCGCGUGAAGACUUUGUCGCUCAGCGGCAAACUUUUGAUCUGGAUGUCGGAUUUGUUUGUCGCGCAGUGGCCCGAUGUCGCGAAAUGCGCCAAGAAAAUCCAGUAUUUCGGGCGUUUGAGCUAAAAAAAACACGAACCAGCAAGAGGACAAGGCUGAACUAAAUUUUCAGGCUCAGGGUUGCUUUUUACAAAUUUUUACAACGAGACAACAGAAAAAAAAAAUAGAACCAAAAAUAUUUACUUAAAAAAAAAAAUUACCUUAGAUUUUAGAGGUGAAUUCUUCGAAGCGAAAUGAAAUAUUUUGAGGCCUUUUGCGAAUUGUCUGCGACUAAUCCGUAACAAAAUUUUAAUAAAAAUUCUUAGAAAUUAAGACGUUCUUCCAUUCUCAUUAACUUUUAAGCUGUGGCGCUGUAACGAUCUGAUUAAUUGUCAAAUUUUACAUUCCGUAUUUAAGAUUUUUUUUUGUUAGUUUUAAGCUUUAAUUACAAUUUUAUAGAGUGAAUAUACUUAUAUUUUAUU